AUGCGCACCCCGUCGCUUUAUAGCCAGGAUGACCCUAUCACGGCAGCCAUGAAGCCUCCGUCCACCGAGACGGAGGCAGAGCGCAGCGCCCGAUUGUAUGCAGAGGCAGAGGCGAAGCGGGUCUCCGAGCAGAUCGACGAGGACCUGCGAGAGGAGCGCGAGCGCCUCAAGAGGCGGAAAGGCGAUGUCAAGCUACUCCUCCUCGGCCAGGCCGAGAGUGGCAAGUCUACCCUGCAGAAGCAAUUCCAGCUCAUGUACCGCCCAAACUCGCUCGAUCAGGAGCGCCAUUCCUGGAAAACGGUCAUUUACUUCAACGUUGUGCACUCUAUUAGGCACAUUCUGGCGACACUGGAGAGUUGGGACGACGUACUCGACGACGAAACGGAUACUAUUACCAUGGACGACGCUCAGUCUCUUGGUCCCACGAAGCUGAAGGGCAAUGGUAUUGCUGAUCAACCUUCUCCAUCAACUUCCCUUAUGGACGGAAGUGUUAUUCAUGGGUCUCCGCACUCCGUCGCGAACUCAGAAGCCACUGGGUCCGCCAACCACUCUACCCCCAAGGACAGUGGCGCCCUUCAAAUCGCCAACCUGCGCCGCCGGCUCUCUCCUUUGGUCGCCACGGACACUCAGCUCGCGGAUCGCUUAAGCGGCGGAAUCACCGUCUCCGGUUCUGGAAAGGGGGCCGUUUACGUUCGCAGCGGAUGGCAAGCCCGCACGAUCGAGAAUGCUCUUGGAAAAAUCAAGCAGAAGCGACCAUCUUCAGCCGCAGAGAAAAAGGCCCGCGAAAGCAUCUCUCAAGAAGUUACCCCUGACCCCAUGGUUCAGGAAGUCGGAAGAUUGCUCGAGGCUUGUGAGGAAGACAUUCACGAACUGUGGAGUCAUCCGACCGUCAAGGGCAUGAUGGCGAAACGGCGGCUCAAAUUGGACGAGUGGUCGGAGUUCUUCCUGAGACAUAUCUCUCGUGUCGCCGCGCCGGAUUAUGUGCCCACGACUGAUGACAUUCUUCAUGCCCGAAUUCAGACAAUGGGCGUUGCAGAACACGUCUUUGAUGUGAAUAUCCAUGGAAAAUCCGUUACCUGGCACUUAUACGAUGUGGGCGGUGCUCGAGGGCAAAGGCACUCCUGGGUACCCUACUUUGACGACGCGAAUGCCAUUAUUUUCGUUGCGCCAGUGAGCGCCUUCGACCAGGCAUGUCUAUCCCUACGACCUUAUCUCGAAGAGGAUCCCCGAACAAACCGAAUAGAUGACUCCCUGCAAUUGUUCACACAGAUUUGUUCGAACGCCCUGCUUAAGAGCGUUCAUUUGGUUCUCUUCCUCAACAAAACUGAUCUCCUACGGGCGAAGCUAGACCGAGGUUUGAAAGUUCGGAAAUACAUCACGUCCUUUGGCGACCGCUCGAACGACUAUGAGACGGUUGUUCAGUAUUUCCGAGCGCAUUUCCUGCAAGUCCAUCGAAGAAAUAACGAAAACCGUCGUGUCCUGUAUACGCACUUUACGAGCGUAGUCGACACGAAAGCCACCCAGCGUAUUAUUGGAAACGUUCGCGACUCCAUUUUCAGAGGCUACUUGCAAUCAGCAGCGCUCGUUUAA